AUGAGCUGCUUGCCGUGUUUCGGGAAGAAGAAGGAUGGCAACGCCGAGGGAGGGGGCGGCGAGCAGGCGGGGGCGGGGCCCAUGACGCCGCCUCCCGCCGUGCACGCGCCCGCGUCCUACCACGGCCCGGCUGCUGCCGCGCCCGUCUCCGUGGCAGCUCCGGCGAGCGUGACGCCGACCAAGCCGCCCGGCGAGAGCGACGCCAACCCGGAGGACGCGCUGCGGCAGGCCAUCGAGGUGAAGGCGUUCGCGUUCCGGGAGCUCGCGGCGGCCACCGAUCACUUCACGCCGUACAACCUCGUCGGAGAAGGAGGCUUCUUCAGGGUGUACAAGGGCCAGCUAGAGAAGGAAGGGCAGGCCGUGGCCAUCAAGCAGAUGGACAAGCAUGGCUUCCAGGGCAACAUCGAGUUCCUGACCGAGGUCUCCAAGCUCAGCAAGCUUCACCACGAGAACCUCAUCGACAUCAUCGGCUACUGCGCCGACGGCGACCAGCGGCUCCUCGUCUACGAGCACAUGGACGGCGGCACCUUGGAAGACCACCUCUACGACUUGCCGCCGGAGAAGAAGCCUAUGGACUGGAUGACAAGGAUGAAGGUGGCCAACGGCGCCGCUCAGGGGCUCGAGUACCUGCACGAGAAAGCGGACCCGCCGGUGGUGUAUGGCGACUUCAAGGCCUCCCAAGUCCUGCUCGACUCCAGCUUCACGCCCAAGCUCUCCGACUUCGGCCUCCAGCAGCUCGGCCAGUCCGGCGGUGGCAACAUGCCGAUGGCGUCGCCGAUGAUGGGUGCCUUCGGGUGCCUCGCGCCGGAGUACGACCGCGGCGGCCAGGUCAGCAUGAAGUCCGACGUGUACAGCUUCGGGGUGGUGCUGCUGCAGCUCAUCUCCGGCAGGCGGACCGUCGACACCAGCAAGCCCGUCGAGGAGCAGAACGUCGUCACCUGGGCACAACCGAAGUUCAAAGACCAGAAGAAAUAUCACGAGCUGGUGGACCCGCUUAUCAAGAGGGAGUACCCGGCCAAAGCGUUGAACCAAGUGGUGGCCAUGGCUUCCAUGUGCUUGCAAGAAGAGGACUGCGUGCGGCCAAUGAUGGGCGACGUCGUCAUGACGCUAGGCUUCCUCAUGAUGCUGCCGCCGGAUCCGCCCGCCCCAGAGCCAGAGCCAGCCCCCGCCCCCGCCCCCGCCCCCGAGCCAGUCCCCGAGCCGGCACCCAAAAAGGAUGACGAAUCGCGUCGCUCUGGAAGCUCGUCGUCCUCUUCGGAUGACGACGGCGGCGAGGAGGAAGAAGAAGAAGAGCAAAGUUAA